AUGCUGCAACAGACCAAGCCUCCAUACCUUGACACAAUGUACUGUUCCUUCUCAAACUCCUUCCCUCUAGUUCUGCUUCUUCUGAUCCUCCCACUCUCUUCUUCUAUUCCUUCUGUCUCAUACUCAAAUGCACAUCAUUCUACCAACACCAUCAAUAUGGUUCCAUCUGAAGCAGAAACUCUGUUCACCAUCAUGGAGUCCAUGUCCUCUGAUCAUACCUGGAGAGUCUCGUUUUCCCAACCAUGUCAACCAGGCUCAACAUGGCCCGGAAUCGAGUGCAAACUAGGAACAGACAACCACCUACAUGUCUCAAGGCUUGACUUUGGCAAUCAUCCGUAUCCAAGUUGCAAGAGAACAGCUACAUUUCCUUCACAAAUUUCUGCCCUUCCACAUCUUCAAUCUGUGUUCUUCUUCAACUGCUUCACUCACACUAAGACCAGCUUCUCUGUUUCAAGAGCCUCCAAUGCUUCUUCACUUGAACAGCUCAGUCUCCGAUCGAAUCCGGCACUAGUUGGUCCAAUCCCACCUCAGAUUUCAUCUCUCAAGUCCCUUGAAAUCCUUACAUUGUCUCAAAACCGCCUCACCGGAAAAAUCCCACUGGAGAUUUUCAGGUUGAGCAGCUUAGUACACCUUGAUUUGAGCUACAAUAUGCUGACAGGUAGUAUUCCAGUCCAACUAGGCAGUCUCAGAAACCUUCAAGGCCUUGAUUUGAGCUACAAUAUGCUCACUGGGUCGAUCCCAAACACAAUAGGGGAACUGGGGCUGCUUCAGAAAGUUGACUUCAGCUCAAAUUUGCUCACUGGGGGCAUUCCUGAUGGAAUUGAGAAGCUCACUUUAUUGAACUUCCUGGCUUUGAGCAACAACAAAUUGCAUGGACCAUUCCCAAAAGGUUUGGAGAAACUGCAAAGUUUGCAGUACUUAAUUUUAGAUGCUAAUCCAAUGAACACAACUCUGCCAUUGGACCUUGGUAAGUUGGUGAAACUUCAAGAACUCAGGCUUGCUGAUUCUGGCUACUCAGGCACUAUACCAGAAAGCUUCUCACAGCUCAAGAACUUGAGCACUUUGUCAUUGCAGAACAACCGUCUAACCGGUGAAAUUCCUCUUAGAUUUGGCAGUCUCUCACGCAUUUACCACUUGAAUCUUAGUAGGAACAUGCUGAGUGGUGUUGUGCCUUUCAAUUCAAGUUUCUUAAGUAGGCUGGGAAGGAACUUGGAUCUUAGUGGAAACCCAAGUCUCUGUUUGAGUCCCUCUGAAGCAUAUAGCUUGAAGAUUGGAGUUAAUGUUUGUGGAACCAAUAGCAAUGGUUCUGCUAUCCUGCCAUUGAAGAACUCUCAAGCUUCAUCUGGGCUCUCUAAACCAUUCUUUCUCUUUACACCAGCUUUAUGUGUUCUGGGAUUGUAUCAGAUAUUGUUUCUAGUGUAAUAUUCUUAAUCUUACAGUAUACAAUUGUACUCCAGCCUAGUUUCUUAAUGAUUAUGUAGCAGGUCUCUGUAGAAGUUUUAAAUAUGUAGAUUGUAAGAAUUUCAUGGGUUCCUGAGAGCCUGGGACUCUGAGUAUGGUAUGAUCAGUUGCCAAGUUUAGAAGAAAUGUAAGGUUUCUCUGCUAUACUAGUUUCCAUUUUUAGCAGAGCCCUAUUUGCUAUAGAUCAUUGGGUCUAGUGAAAAUGCAUUUGGA